CCCCCCUCCGCCGCUUGUCGCAAAUCUCCAGCCGCUGCACGCUUUUCGAGUCCGGGUCCGGAAACACCAUCUUGAACACUACGGACAUUACCCUAGAGCGACAUCCGAUACACGGACUCACAUACACACACCCCGACCCUCCCAAUCAGGUCUUGGCGCUCGUCUGAACCUCAGCAAGCGUCUCUAUCUAGUCCGCAUAUACCGCUCUGCAUAUCGCCGCUCCCUCCUCACUAUACCGCAGAGUCGGCAUUUUAGAUAGCUACAACCAACCACCACAAAGUAUAAUCCACCGAAUAUGUGCCCACCACCAGAAGCAGCGACGGCACCGCCACCACCGGCACCAACAGCACCUGCAGUCGCUCAACACGGCGGCGUAGAGUCCAGUAGGGAACAACUGCCUUCCUCGCAGAGUAAAUGUAGUCACUGUGGUCUGCAGAUUGACGGGCAGUUUGUGAGGGCUCUCAAUGGACACUAUCACUUGGAUUGUUUUAGGUGUCAGGACUGCGACCAAGUAGUAGCAGAAAAGUUCUUCCCACUUACAGGCGCAGACGGACAACGGCAAUUCUUCUGCGAAAAGGACUACUUCCGGCGACUAGACCUCCUCUGCGCGAAAUGCGGAGGCGCACUCCGCGGCGCACACAUCGACGCACUAGGGAAGAAAUACCACCUGGAGCAUUUCACGUGUUCCGUGUGCCCCACCGUGUUUCGACAGCACGACUCGUAUUAUGAGCAGGAAGGGAACGUGUAUUGCCAGACGCACUACUCGUAUCUGUUUGCGGUCAAGUGCGGGGGGUGUAAGACGGCGGUUUUGAAGAGUUUUGUGGAGACGAAUAAGGGGACGUGGACGGAAAAGUGGCAUCCGGAAUGCUACAUGAUCUAUAAGUUAUGGAACGUUACGGUCAACCCAUCAACAGAACCCACGCCGAAACUCCCUGGACCGAACGACAAAGCCGACCUCGAAGCCAACCAAGCAAUAGCCGACAAAGCUGGCCGCAUCCUCCACGUUCUCUCCGCCUUCGAAGAGCUCUCCGCCGAAUGCAUCUCCGACAUGCUCAUCCACCUCUCCCACGAAAAGCGCGAAGAAGGCCUGAUCCAAGGCACCCACUUUGUCUCUCACAUUGCGGCCCUCUUCUCCGUCCUCGACGACAUUGAAGCCAAACUCACCUCCCUGGGCGAUACCACCGGCCUGCAACACUCGAAGGAGCCGAAGCAGCUGACAAAGAAGAUUGUGCAUUUCUUUUCGUUGUUGAGUUAUGUGCAGGAGAAUGCGGAGACGAGGCAGGAGGCGACCAAGGAGAUGAUUUCGCUUGUGACGAGUUUGGCGCAUACGUUGAAGAUACUUAUUAGGUCGGCGUUGACGGGGGCGUUGAAGCUGGAACGAGACCACGCCGUCAAAACUGCCGUUUCAGACUUCCUCGACCGCCUCGCCUCCUCCUCCCAAACCCCCUUCACUACGGCACCCCAACACGUCCUCGACGAUUGCGGGCCCGACCCAAACCCGGACCUCUGCGCCUCCUGCAACCAGCCCAUCGAAGAAGAAUGCUUCCGCCUUAAAUUCGAUCGGUGGCAUGUACCGUGUUUCCGAUGCGCAGUCUGUGAUGUGGAUUUGAGAGGGGCGUUUAGAGGAGCGGCGGUGGAUGGGAGCAGUAGGAAGGUGGUUUGUGAACUGCAUGCGAAGGGGAGGGAGCGCCCGGAGGUGGGGUUCGAGAGGGUGACACAGUUGGAUCAGUAUAUUUUUCUGUUGAGGUGUGCGUUGAAGAGGUUGUGUGCGCUGAUGGAUAUCCAAUUGGAGUCCCUCGGCAAAAACCCCAACCGCACCUCCCGUCUCUCCAGCGACGAAGACACGCCCGCCGACGAAGCAAACACUCGGGACUCAGUCCCCUCCUCCGACAUCCGCCGCACAACAUCCUCCCGCGGCUCCUCCCGCGACCGUAUCUCCAAAUCCGACGACGAAAGCCUGGCUGGUCCAGGCGUACCAAUCCCUUCAAAGUCACAAUCAUCAGCAGCAGCAGCCUUCUCCCACUCCCCCCUCUCAGCCUCCACCCCUUUGGACACAACCUCGACCCUCACCCAAACGCCCAUAACCCACGCCCCCUCCCUCGCCCCAAAACAAAAGAAAAAACACCCCAUAGCCCCUCGCGAUCCCGCCACCGACUUACCCUCGCUACUGGACCUCUCAGGCCUAGACCACUGGGCCGUCCGCCAACUUGCGGCGCAGGCGCUGCAUCCACUUGUCGCGGACCAGUUUACGUUGGGGGAGUUGAUGGAUGUGGCGUGUAGUAGGAAACAGAGUGUGUGGGGGAGGAUGGUGGAUGCUAUUCGGAAGCCGGGGAGGUCGAAAGAGGGGACGUUUGGAGUGCCGUUGGAAGCGCUUGUGGAGAAGUAUGGAGUGGAUACGGAGCUCGGGCCGAGGCCAGGUCAGCUGCAUAUCCCGAUUUUGGUGGAUUCGUGUAUAAGGGCAUUACAUACCAUGGACCUCAGCGUAGAAGGCAUCUUCCGCAAAAACGGCAACAUCCGCAACCUCAAGACCAUCUCCGACGAGAUCGACCGCGACCCCCGGACGAUCGAUCUCACGGGCAACCACGCCGUGCAGGUCGCGGCGCUGCUCAAGAAGUUUUUGCGGGAUAUGCCCGAACCGCUGCUGACGUGGAAAUUGCAUAAGCUGUUCAUUGCUACGCAGAAGAUGGCGAUUCCGGCCCGCAGGAAGGAAGCCCUCCACUACGUCUGCUGCAUGCUCCCCAAACCCAACCUCGACGUUCUCUCCGUCCUCGCCUACUUCCUCCGCGAAGUCGCCGAGCUCUGCGAGGUCGAGGCGCCCCUCUCCCAAGGGGUCUCCCAAUCUUCCCAACAGACGCCGUCCUCCCAACACCAUCCGGAAUCCAACACCGACACGGACGUCCCACCACAUACAGACACGACAACGACCACGACGAUAACCCCGACAUCGACGGUGGUUGUGGGAGGCAACAAGAUGGGCCUGGAUAACCUAGCGACGGUGAUUACGCCGAAUCUGCUGUAUUCGAAGAGCAAGAACGCGGUGGACGAUGAGAAUAUACUCGCUGUGGAGGCGUUUAGGAUGAUCCUGGUGUUUCAGGAUGAGUUGUGGUUGGUGAGUUUGUAAACCCCUCGCACUUUUUUUACACACUGCCCAUAUUUGUUUUCUAUUUGGGGUUGAUGAUUGACGUUUUCUUUUGUGUUGUGUCCGCCCGGUUUUUCUUUUUUGGUUUAGCUCCCACCAAGCAUGGUAGAACGCCUCAAAUCCGACACGACCAUCUCCGACCGCUUGGGACGGUCUGAUAACCACCACCACCCUAACCACCACCAGGGGUUCAAUAGCUCAGGGCAGAGUAUAAAUGGGG